AUGGACCGUCAGCUUUCGCGGCGUAGGCCGGGCGUGGAUGCAGAGUUGCGAGAUGAUCAGCAGCCUUUGGCUAGCCCGUCGAAUUUGAAACCGGGAGCUCUGUUGACCAUGGAGCGCUUUUUGCAGGACCUCCCCAAUGCCGAACAACCGCCUGUCGAGCACCAACCGCAAUACCAUACUGGCAGGAUGCCGAAUAGCAGGGCUGGAGAGGGCAAGCCGAGACUUCUACUCAUGGGUCAGAAGAGGAGUGGCAAGUCGUCGAUAUCUAGUGUAGUCUUUCACAAGCUGCCGCCGAGCGAGACGCUGUACAUUGAGACCACACACCGAAUUAAGAAAGACUCGAUGCACUCGUUCAUGGACUUUGGAAUCUGGGAUCUCCCCGGCCAUGUCGAUUACUUCGAAAGCGACUUCGACACGGACAAGAUCUUCAGCGAAAUCGGCGCGUUGAUCUGGGUCAUCGACGCCCAAGACGAAUACCUCGAUGCCAUCGCACGCCUCAACCUGACGAUACUCAACCUGCAGGAACACUACCCCAGCAUCAACAUUGAGGUCUUCGUACACAAGGUCGACGGCCUCUCGGACGACUUCCGCGCAGACACAUACCGCGACAUUAUCCAGCGCGUGCAAGACGAGCUCGCAGACCACGGCUUCGACAACGCGCCCAUUUCCUUCCACCAAACGAGCAUCUACGACCACUCCAUCUUCGAGGGCUUCAGCAAAGUGAUUCAGAAGCUGAUCCCGCAGCUGCCCACGCUAGAAGCCAUGUUGAACAACCUGUGCAUGACGUGUAAUAUCGAGAAGGCGUAUCUCUUCGACAUUAUGAGUAAGAUCUAUAUCGCAACAGACACCAGCCCGACGGACAUUGCCAACUACGAAAUCUGCUCCGAUUACAUCGACGUGGUUAUCGACGUUAGUGAGAUCUACGGGUGGGACCGCCCCGAUGAAGGGGACGGGACGGAGACGGGAAAUAACGAGGCGGAGAGCUUGAUCACUAUGGAGAAGAAGGGGUCGCGGUACUUGUACCUUCGCGAGAUCAACAAAUAUCUCGCUCUGGUGUGCAUCAUGGGUGAAGACAGCCCGGCGGAGAAAAAAGCCCUCAUCGACUACAAUGUCGGCGUCUUCCAGGCGGGACUGAAGAAAGUGUUCCCUAAGAGUGAGCGGGACGCGCAGAUAGAGAUUCGUGCUGCAAACGGCAGUAUGGACUCAUGA